AUACAUAUUUGAUUCUUUCUUUAAGGAUAAAGUGGUCUCGAUGCGCUAGAAGCACUGUGCCGCUUCUCGUGCUAUCUUUGCUUGUUAGUUAGCUUAGCUCGCUAGUUAGCUUAGCUUGUUAGCUGCUAACAGAAGACACAGAAGUUAUCAACACAUCGCUAAGUAGAGAUCAAGUGUGAGAGUAAAGUGUUGUGAUUGCGUGAAAAUGUCUACAUUACAAAUGUUGAGAGCGUUGGUGGAUCAGCGACUAACUGCUGCCGUUGAAGAAAUAUUUGUAGUGUUGGAAAGAACGAUAGCAGAAUACGAGGCGGAACUUUCUAGAACAAAAGAGGAGAACAAUCAACUACUGGACGCUGUUUUCAAGAAACAUCAAGUUGUGUUACACAGAACAGACGUCCAGCAGGUGUCAGCAGAGAGUCAUGAAGAUAUUCCCUCCAAGCAGCAGGAGUGGAGCUCCAGUGUGGGACAGACGGAGCUACAGGCCCCCUCCCACAUUAAAGAGGAGCAGCUUCAUGAUGAAGAUGAAGCUCAGUCCUUACAGCUUCAUCACAGUCAAAGUGAGGAGAACAGAGGGGCGGAGCUUGUAAGUCAACACAUCACAGAAGCUGAUGGAGAGCAUUGUGAAGAUAUAAAGUCAGAACCAGACAGCAUCUUUGCUCCACUGUCAGACAUGGACCACACGAUGUCACACUCUUCUGAUCACAGUGACCACAUCCAAAAACCUUUGGAGAGUAAAAAUUACUUUAAAGGUGAUACAAGACAUCACACUAACAACAAACACUUUGACUGCUCUCAAUGUGGGAAAUCAUUUAGAUGGAAGAGUCUUUUUACAGUACACAUGAGAACACAUACUGGAGAGAAACCUUUUACUUGCUCUGUUUGUAAGAAGAGUUUCUCCUUAAAGCAACGCUUGACCAGACACAUGAGAACACACACUGGAGAGAAUCCUUUUACUUGUUCUUUUUGUAAGAAGAGUUUCGCCACUAAGCAAAACAUGAUCACACACAUGAGAACACACACUGGAGAGAAACCUUUUCCUUGCUCGGUUUGUAAGAAAACUUUCUCCAGAAAGCAACACAUGACCACACACAUGAGAACACACACUGGAGAGAAACCUUUUCCAUGCUCAGUGUGUCCCAAAAGAUUCUCCAUAAAUGAGCAAAUGAAAAGACACAUGAGAACACACACUGGAGAGAAACCUUUUACUUGCUCUCUUUGUAACAAGGGGUUUUCCAGAAAGCUUAACAUGUCCACGCACAUGAGAACACAUACUGGAGAGAAACCUUUUACUUGCUCUGUUUGUAAGAAGAGUUUCUCCUUAAAGCAAUGCUUGACCAGACACAUGAGAACACACACUGGAGAGAAUCCUUUUACUUGUUCUUUUUGUAAGAAGAGUUUCGCCACUAAGCAAAACAUGAUCACACACAUGAGAACACACACUGGAGAGAAACCUUUUCCUUGCUCGGUUUGUAAGAAAACUUUCUCCAGAAAGCAACACAUGACCACACACAUGAGAACACAUACUGGAGAGAAACCUUUUCCUUGCUCGGUUUGUAAGAAAACUUUCUCCAGAAAGCAACACAUGACCACACACAUGAGAACACACACUGGAGAGAAACCUUUUCCAUGCUCAGUGUGUCCCAAAAGAUUCUCCAUAAAUGAGCAAAUGAAAAGACACAUGAGAACACACACUGGAGAGAAACCUUUUACUUGCUCUCUUUGUAACAAGGGGUUUUCCAGAAAGCUUAACAUGUCCACGCACAUGAGAACACAUACUGGAGAGAAACCUUUUACUUGCUCUGUUUGUAAGAAUAGUUUCUCCACAAAGCUUGUCAUGACCAGACACAUGAGAACACACACUGGAGAGAAACCGUUUAGUUGCACUGUGUGCGAUAAAACAUUCAGGGUUAAGAAUAAGGUCAGUAAACACAAGUGUGUAACAGUCAUGGAGGCUGCAGGGAUUUAAAUACACUUAAGCAGUGAUUGUGCUAAAUGUACUCUAAAACACAGCAUGUUUAAUAUGAAUGUAUAUUUUAUGUUGUAUGUAGUAGUACUUCUCAUCUUCUACUGUUAUUCUAUGUUGUUCUGGAAUUACUUUUUAAGUUGUGUGCAUUUAUUGAAUAUCAUGUAUGUAGCUACUAUUUUAUUUUAUUUUCUCAUUGUUAAAGAGAGAACUUCUUAUUAUUUACAGUUGUUUUUUGUUCACACAUUUUCUUCCAUUGCAUUUUUAUUGAUGUUAUUAUCCAAUUAAAAGAAUGAAUGAAUAAAAUUGUUA